AUGGAGCUGAGAGUUGGAAACAGGUACCGGCUGGGCCGAAAGAUCGGCAGCGGCUCCUUUGGAGACAUCUAUCUCGGUACUGACAUUGCUGCAGGAGAAGAAGUUGCCAUCAAGCUCGAAUGUGUCAAAACCAAACACCCUCAGCUCCAUAUUGAGAGCAAAAUCUACAAAAUGAUGCAGGGAGGAGUGGGCAUUCCUACAAUUAAAUGGUGUGGGGCAGAAGGGGACUAUAAUGUCAUGGUGAUGGAGCUAUUGGGACCAAGCCUUGAAGAUCUCUUCAAUUUCUGCUCAAGAAAAUUCAGUCUGAAAACUGUCCUGCUACUUGCUGACCAGAUGAUUAGUCGGAUUGAAUACAUUCAUUCAAAGAACUUCAUCCACCGAGAUGUGAAGCCGGAUAAUUUUCUUAUGGGACUGGGAAAAAAGGGUAACCUGGUCUACAUCAUAGACUUUGGCUUGGCCAAGAAGUACCGGGAUGCUAGGACCCAUCAGCACAUACCCUAUCGUGAGAAUAAAAACCUCACAGGAACUGCUCGCUAUGCCUCCAUCAACACUCAUCUUGGAAUUGAACAAUCUCGAAGGGAUGACUUGGAGUCCCUGGGCUAUGUGCUGAUGUACUUCAAUUUGGGCUCCCUCCCUUGGCAGGGGCUGAAGGCUGCUACCAAGAGACAAAAAUAUGAAAGAAUUAGUGAAAAGAAAAUGUCCACUCCCAUUGAAGUGUUAUGUAAAGGCUACCCUUCUGAAUUUGCCACAUACCUGAAUUUCUGUCGUUCGUUGCGUUUUGAUGACAAACCUGACUAUUCCUACCUGAGACAGCUCUUCAGGAACCUGUUCCAUCGCCAGGGUUUUUCCUAUGACUAUGUGUUUGACUGGAACAUGCUCAAAUUUGGUGCCAGCCGAGCAGCUGAUGAUGCCGAAAGGGAACGCCGGGAUCGAGAGGAGCGAUUAAGACACUCCCGAAAUCCAACUACUCGAGGUCUCCCUUCCACCGCAUCAGGCCGCCUAAGGGGAACACAAGAUGUAGCUCCUCCCACUCCCCUCACCCCUACCUCACAUACUGCUAACACCUCUCCUCGGCCUGUCUCUGGAAUGGAAAGAGAGCGGAAAGUGAGUAUGAGACUGCAUCGUGGUGCCCCAGUCAAUAUCUCUUCGUCUGAUUUAACAGGCCGACAAGAUACCUCUCGCAUGUCAACCUCACAGAUUCCCGGUCGGGUGACUUCCAGUGGUCUUCAGUCUGUCGUGCACCGAUGAGAAAUCUCCUUUUUGCCGUGGAGGGGCAGACAAUGCAUGGCUGAUCUACUAUGUUACCUACCAAUGGCUUUACUAGUGAAACGUCCCCCGAUCUAGAACAGAAAACGUUAACACCAGGAGCUCUCCAGGCCUUUUUACCCAGCGAUGCUCAUGGGGGAAACAAAAAAUACCCUAAACCGAACAAACUCCAAGUGCUGCCAUCGCCAGGGGCUGAAACCUGAUGCCCCUCACAAAGAACUCAGUUAAAACGGGGCUGGGAAGAAAAACCAGAGUGUGAGAGAGACAAUUUGCAAAGAGAAUCAAACUCCCAUACGAGAGUCUUUUCAUUUUUCCCUCCACUGGUGGUAAACUUAUGCUACCCCUUAUUAUUAUUCUACUGUAACUAUAAAUCUUUUACUUGGUUUAAGACAGUUUUGUAUCAUUUUGCUAAAAAUUAUUGGCUUAAAUCUAUGUAAAGAAUUCUGUCUUUUUAUUGUUGCAUUUUUUUUGUCUGUUUUUUUUUUUUUUUUCGGUCUGACUUUAAAGAUGUUGACUUUGAAGAAUCCUGCAUCAAAGACACUGGCUUGGAGUUUCAGGCAGGGAGUGUAUGUGAAUUAAAAUGAUAGAAUUUUUUUGUGUUUUUUUGUUGUUGUCUUUGUACAAUCCAGUUUGGAGGGGGUUUUCUCAUCAAAGUUUUAUAUACAUAUAUAUGUACACAUAUAUGUGAGUAAUAUAUGUGUGUGGCUUGCAGUUUCAUUAACUUGCUUUAUGGCUGUCUUAUUCAUUCUUCCCUAUGUAAAACUAAAAUGCCCCUACAACGCAAAACAGUUGACUUUCUUGUCAGUCUUCAGUGCAGUCAGAGAGCUAAGACUGCUGCUUGAAGGGUGUGGGAAUACUUUCAAACAAUGCAAGACACUACUCUUUCCAAAGGAGGAUGGGAAGGGAAACAAGAAGUCUGAAGAAUAUUGAAGGCCAAGGCUCUUGAGACCCAAAUUGAACAGUUGGGAGUUCUUAGGAUUAAAAACUGAGUAUAUGUUUCUGGUUUUCUUGUGAGAAGAUUGUAAUUUGAGAGACUUGGGGAUUGUGUAUGAUUAUCUCGAUGUUGGUUGCCUGAAUACCUUUGAAUUGGGGAAAAUUUAAAGUGGACUAUAAAUGCUACCAAUACAGAUGGGCACUUCAUUUGUAGUAACACCUGUGUGCUCAAAAGAAAGUAACUGGUCUGCCAUCAUUUGAUGCCAAGGUUUACCCUCGUGGGCUGAACGGAUGAAGGGGAAUCUCCCCAGAAGUGCCAAGAAAUAGAUGCUUCCAACCUGCGUUCAAAAUUUUAACAUCCCAACAGGUUAUGGUCAUGCAUUUAUGGGGCAAGGUUUUUUUGUAGCCCCGAGUUGCAUGUGUGAACCGAAGAGAAACAGAGAAAUGCAGGGUUGAUUCAAAAUCUACUAGAACGCAAAUGGCCUCCAUACACAGCGUCUUUUUUUUCCUCUGGAGUCUCUCGGGGACUUCGGCUCUUGGUAGCUUUUCGUAAAAUGAUGUUUCUUAUUGUUAAUCUUGCAGCACUCACAGAAACACCGAACCGUAGUGAUACCAAAUCUUUACUCAAGCAAAGUAGAUGUGAGCUUUUUCUGUCUUGGGAAUCAAGGUGCAAUAUAUAUAUAUAUAUAUAU